GGGGUGGUGGGGAGCUCGGACCAGUGUCCAGUGUGUGCCCACCCCUGUCCUCGGUGCCCACCCCAUGCCAUGUGGGGGUGGUUUGAAGCGAGGGCGCCGUGCCGUGUGUUUUGUUGUGUUGUUUGACCAGGAUCAUCUGUUACGCACUAAUUUCCUUUCGGGCCAUGAUGAAGUCAGAAAACCACAGGCAGCGCUCGGCGGCGGUGCCUUCCGCUGCCGAUCACUUGACAUGUCCCUUCCCAGGAGGGCCAGCCCAGGCAACCUCCGGCACCAUGGACCAAAGGGAGAUCCUGCUCCAGAACCUGGAAAGGAUCCAAGGCAAGAAGCUCAACCGAGGAGAGUUUGCAGCAGAGUUUUUGAAGCUGAAGAAACAGUCAACAAAGUACAAGUCGGAUAAAAUCUACCCUACAGCAGCRUCUGAGCAGCCAGAGAAUGUCAAGAAGAACAGAUACAAGGACAUCUUACCCUUUGACCACAGCAGAGUGGAGCUGUCCCUGAUUACAUCUGACACAGAUUCUCAUUACAUCAACGCCAACUUCAUCAAGGGUGUCUAUGGGCCAAGAGCGUACAUUGCAACCCAGGGUCCUCUCCCCACUACUGUCAUUGACUUUUGGAGGAUGGUUUGGGAGUAUGAAGUCCUGGUCGUGGUCAUGGCUUGUAUGGAGUUUGAAAUGGGGAAGAAGAAGUGUGAGCGGUACUGGGCAGAGGUGGAUGGUUCUCCCCUGCACUGCGGCCCUUUCUCCAUCACCUGUGAAGCUGAGGAGAAGAGGAAUGAAUAUGUGAUCAGRACUUUAAAGGUGACCCUGAAUGAGGUAACUCGCACCAUCCACCACCUCCACUAUAAAAACUGGCCUGACCACCACGUGCCCUCAUCCAUCGAGCCCAUCCUGGAGCUCGUUGGGGACAUCCGCUGCUACCAGCCCAAUGACAGGGUCCCAGUCUGUGUCCACUGCAGUGCUGGCUGCGGCAGAACCGGUGUCAUCUGUGCCAUUGACUACACACAGAAGCUGCUGAAGGACGGGAUUGUUCCAGUGAACUUCAGCAUUUUCAGUCUCAUCCAGGAAAUGCGCACACAAAGGCCGUGCAUAGUGCAGACCAAGGAGCAGUAUGAGCUGGUUUAUGAUGCAGUGAUUGAGCUCUUCAGAAGGCAGAUCCAAGCACUGGAUGCCCAGAAAGAUUCUGCUGCUUCACAGGAAGGAGCAGGGCAUCCUGUAGCCAAGCCAGUCCUGACUCCAGUGGAAGAUAUUUAUGGCCUGAGUUCACUCACCUGCUCAGAGCCAGAGGAACAGGCUCCACACCAAAAUCUUCCUCUGGAGAAAGAUGGGCACCAACAUCUCCCUGCGGUGGCACAGAGCAAAGCGUCCCUGCCCUCGCCGUGUGCCACGGGAGCACAGCACAGCUCUGCCCAGGCAGUGCCCCCCAUCAGACAGGCAAUCUCUUUCGGUGCUUUGAACUUCAUCAGCUGCAGGAAGGCAGCUGCUGGCGAGCCCUGGGGUGCUGGGGACGCCCCUCAGAAACGCCGCAGCUGGGAGCUGGAGCUGGACCUGAAGGCAGCAGGUGGAAGGGGGGCUGGUGCCAAAACCCCUCUGGCAUGGACUGUAUCAACCCCUUCAGUGCCAGGACAGCGAGGAGAAGAAUCCUGGGAUGCAGGGGAUGCCAAGCCUGUUUGGAGUUCACAGUGGCCAAGCUUCCAGGAUGGAUUUUCCCCUGUGGACCUGAAACCCUCCAGACGAGAAGCAGAUGGCCGCCCAAGGCACAGGAACCAGAGGCAAUGCCCUCACCCUCACCURUGCUCAGCAGAAGAUCCCUACUUCUCAUCCCUCUCUCCAGAUGACCCCGUGUCCCCCGUGUUUCCCUUUCUGGAGGGGCAGGAUGAGCUUCUCCCUUCUUGCUCUGGCAGUGCCCCACUACAGCCCACCACAGCCAGCUCCUCAGCAUCCCACCAUGCUCCCCUGAACCAGGAGAGGAUGUUCCCCUCGGCCUCCCAGGCACAGCCAGACGAUGGUGAUGCUCCUCCACCCCUGCCCCARCGCACCCCUGAGUCCUUCAUUGUGGCCAGUGAGUCGGGACAAUUGCCUCUGGCCACUUCAGAUUUCCAGAUUCCAGACAGAAAUCCAAAUAUCGGAACCUCCUGGGAGUGGAGUGGUGAGUCUCACUCAGAUGGGUUUCAUGACCCUGCGAGACUGAGACCAUGUAAGAGUGUGAAGAUUUGGAGCCCACGAACAGAGACAGCCCAGGAUCGCUCUAAUUCUCCUCCUCCGCUUCCUGAAAGAACCCCGGAGUCGUUUGUUGUCGCUGAGGCAGCAGGUCUGCAGCCCGCUGCAAGAAAUUCCUCGAGUCGUGCAGGUUUGGAGAAAAAGGGCUUAGAAACAUCUUCCAAAGAAUUCAUGAAAUGCUUCAGGAGGAGCAAGAGCUUGAAAAUAUUGAAAAACGUGAAAAAAAGCAUCUGCAGUCCAUCUUCACUGACAAAAUCAUCAGAACCUGYCCCGACAAACUCUCCGAGGCCUUUCCUUAACUUUGGCUUUGCAAAUCGAUUUUCAAAACCUAAAGGACCAAGAAAUCCACCCCCAGCAUGGAAUAUUUAGGUACAUUUUAUGGGUUUGGCGUCGCAGAUUUGUGAAGUCCUCCUGAAAUACUUGGAAUUUCCAUCCCAUUGAGGCUUCCAUCAAAAUAAACACAUCAAAAGCUGUUGCACGGUACUAGCACCUCAGGCACUACUUGAACAUUCAUUGAAUUUAAAACUGGAGUUUUUAACUAAAGAAGAAUGUAAAAGGACCAGGAGCUUUCAGUUAAUUCACAACAGGAUGGAAGGCAAACCUCAGAAUACAGCUUUUAUCCGAAGGAGGGACGUAUUUUUGUUCCAUUUUGUAAUCAGUUCAAAAGGAUGGAUUUGUGCUGAUGGAGCCCAGUGAAGACUAUGGAAUGAUCUGGAAAACCAACAGAGGACAGUAAAGUGGAUCAAGACCCUCACUCACAUUUUUAGGUCUAUUGCAAUCAAAGACACAGAAAUGUUUACAUUACUUGGACUAAGACAGAAUUAGCAGCCCAGAUUUUAGAAAUAAUAUAAGCUUUUUUUUCCCCUUCCCACCAUCGGAGCGAAUCAGAGCAUUUUUCUGGAUUUUUGGACAGUAAGACUUAAGAUGGUGAUUGAUCUUAUAGAAACUAAACUGGUGUAACUGGACUGCACAAUUGGCUGACCCAGCUGUUCUUCUAUCUGGAAAAAAAAAUCCCAAAACACCACCACAGCAAGCAAAAUAUUAUUGUAUUUUUAAAAACAAUGCUGUUUUUAAGCAUUUUGAUUUCCAGCACAAAAUUUCAGGUGGGAACAGGGAAGGGGAGAUUUGUCAGAUUCCUCACCAGAUGCCACUGCUGUUUCUUCAGUGGGGAGGGAUAAAGAUGCUGAGAACUGCUUUGUAUGAUUGGUUUUUUCUGUAAAGACGGGGGGGAAAAAAAGGUGGGAUUUCAGGUAUUAGGUCAAGAGGAAUCUGCUGACCACUGUUGGAAUAGAAAACUCAGAUGAUUUAAAGUUGGAGGAAUAGCCAAUACUGCCUUAUUUAUUUCUGAAGUCACAGGUUUUCUUAAGAGCAGAGAACAGUAAAAGCCUUUACCCAAAUUAUAUUCCUGUUUCUCCCAGGCUGGACGGGGUUUGGAGCAACCUGGCCUAGUGGAAGGUGCCCCAGCCCAUGGCAGUGGUUGGAACAAGAUUUUUAAGUUCCCUCCCAACCCGUAACAUUUAUGAUUCAAUGAUUUUAUUCCAUCCCAUUGCCAUAGGCAGGGAUGGCCUCCCAGGGCUCGCUCCAACAGCUCCACACCAUCUCCCUCGUCAGGAAAGCACCCCCAGCACCCCGCGGUCGGUGUUUAAUGGAUGACGCACUUGAGAUCA